CCGUACAGUACUGUAUUUGGAUCUCCUAACGCAUUUGAGCGAUCUUUUUCGGAAGGCGAACAAAUCUUUUCUUCCACUCUUCGGAACGGCAACUGCUGCCGCCUCCAUCAGCCGCCUCAUCAGCCAGACCAACAAACGACGACAAGAAGAACGACAAUGGCGUCAACAAGCUCUACUACCGGUAGUACCAUCAACUACCGAAGCAAAGAUGUGCUGGAUUCUCGGAUCAAGGAGAUGCUGCAGCGGGUGGCAGAAAAGACGAAGAGCAGCUUGAACGAAGAGGAACUGUUACGUUCGUGUCAAGCCUUGAUUGGUACCAUCACCACCAAGCCUCAAUUUCGGAAUCAAAAGUUGUUGCAUGUGGAACGCCUGGUGUUUGAAAAGGUGGAACGCCCAAAAACGGCGCAUCUCGAGAGACUUUUGUCCAUUUGGUUGGAACUGGCGGAUUAUGCGUAUCAAUAUCACGACAAUGGCAUGCCAUUGGAAGCGGCCAUUCAAGAACUCAUGGGCAGCACGGACUAUGCACUAGUGCGUCAUUCCACCGACGUGGAAACGGGAGGAGUGGGAUAUUUUCUAGCCAUCGAUUCAACCCAAAAGAAUAUUCUCAUUGGCAUCAAGGGAACCAGUACCAGUUCGGAAAUGAUUACCGACUGUCUCGCAACCACCAUUCCCCACAAAUGCAUUCCAUUUUCACCAUUUGAUGCCACCACUAGCACGGCCGAGGAAGAAGAAAUUGGAGCACACGAGGGCAUUUUGGCAUCCAGCAUUAAAGUCUGCAAUGAACUCAAACCCAUUCUAGACGAGAAAAUCCAACAGGGUUACAACAUUCAAAUUGCCGGACAUAGUUUGGGGGCGGGAGCUGCCAGUGUCGUGGCCGUAUUGUUGCGAGCUCAAUUCAAAGAAUUGCAUGCGCCAGAGCGACUGCACGCCUAUUGUUUUGCCCCGCCACCGGUACUGGACCAUCAAUCCGCCACCAAAUCCAAAGCCUUCAUUACCUCUGUCGUCAAUCGAAACGAUUGUGUGGCACGCAUGGCUAUUGCCAACGUGGAGAUUUUGAUUCGAAUGUUGGAAGGCUUAAACGUUGCAAUGAAGGAAGCAGGAUUGGAUGACUUUUGGGCCAUUGCCAAGGAGGCCGUCAGUGGAGAGAAAAUCAAACAAUUGACGGAAGAAGAUUUUUUGCAGUUGAUAGAGAUCAUGCGAAAAGCACAAGCUGCCGUUCAAGUAGAGCACAAAGAACAUCUCUAUUGUCCAGGAAAUAUCAUUGCACUCUAUGGGACUCUAGAAGCACUCCCAGCCAAGGGGGAAGAGCCUCUUGUUACCAUACGAUCGGGCUUUGUCAAUCCAGCCCAUACUUUCUUGCGAUACUUUGAGGUCAAUGACCGCAUGAUAAGUGACCAUUUGAUACCAGCCUAUCGUGAGAGUCUUGUGGCGUGUAUUGAAAUGCGCAAGCAGACCGAAGUCGUCGAAGAGAAUGGCUGCAGGAGCUAUCAUUUGGCGUGCUGUUUACGGUGUUUGUGGCUGUACGAAAAGAUUUUUUGUCGUUGUAUCGGUAAAACGAGCCGUCAAGAGCAAAUGGAACGAAGAAACGAUGCUCGUGCCAAUGAAUCGUGA